CUCCCCGCUCCCUCUUGCAGGUGGGCGUGGGCGGUUGCAAGCAGGCAGGAGAGACCCGCCGCCAUGGCCUUGCUCAGAGGUGUGUUCAUCGUUUCUGCCAAGAGGACCCCAUUUGGGGCAUACGGAGGCCUGCUCAAGGAUUUCACCGCCACAGACCUCUCGGAGUUUGCAGCGCGGGCAGCUCUGUCUGCUGGCAAAGUGUCUCCUGAAGUCAUUGACAGCGUGAUUGUGGGAAAUGUCAUGCAGAGCUCCUCAGAUGCCGCUUAUGUUGCGAGACACGUCGGGCUGCGUGUUGGCGUGCCGAUCCCAGUCCCGGCCCUAACAGUUAACAGGCUUUGUGGGUCAGGUUUCCAGUCGAUUGCCAGUGGGUGCCAGGAAAUCUGCCUCAAAGACUCGGAGGUGGUGUUGUGUGGCGGAACUGAAAACAUGAGCCAGUCUCCGUACGCCGUCCGAAACAUCCGCUUUGGAACAAAACUCGGAGCCGAUCUCAAGAUGGAAGACACCUUAUGGGCAGGGCUAACAGAUCAGCACAUUAAAACCCCGAUGGGCGUCACAGCUGAAAAUCUGGCUGCAAAAUAUAACAUAACAAGAGAAGACUGUGACCGCUAUGCUGUGAAGACUCAGCAGAGGUGGAAGGCAGCUCACGAAGCGGGUUACUUUAAGGCGGAGAUGGCGCCCGUCGAAGUGAAAGUCAAGAAAGGAAAGCAGAGCAUGGAUCAGGAUGAGCACCCCCGACCGGAGACGACCUUGGAGCACUUGGCAAAGCUCCCGACGGUCUUCAAGAAAGACGGGACCGUCACCCCUGGGAACGCCUCGGGAGUCUGCGAUGGAGCUGGAGCAGUGAUAAUUGCAAGCGAAGAGGCGGUCAAAAAACAUAGCCUCACUCCUCUGGCCAGGAUAGUAGCUUAUCAUGUAUCUGGAUGUGACCCCAACAUCAUGGGCAUUGGUCCGGUACCUGCCAUUACUGAAGCUCUGAAGAAAGCUGGCCUUUCUCUAAAGGACAUGGACUUGGUUGAGGUCAACGAAGCUUUUGCUCCUCAGUACUUGGCAGUGGAGAAGGUUUUGGGUCUGGACCCUGAGAAGACAAACGUCAACGGAGGGGCCAUCGCCCUGGGUCACCCCUUGGGGGCCUCAGGCUCGAGGAUCACCGCUCACCUAGUUCACGAACUGAGGCGGCGUGGAGGUAAAUACGCUGUUGGGUCUGCUUGCAUUGGAGGCGGCCAAGGUAUAGCGGUCAUCAUUCAGAAUAUGGCCUAAAGGGAUCUUCCUGGAGUCUUCGGUG